AAUUGCUUCUCAUAAAGCGCAAAAGUAUGGCUGCUACCAAUAACAAUAAUAACAGAGGCGGCACACUGUGCAACGCUGCUUAUCCUGAAGGGGCGUAGAAGUGAUGGGCAUAUAUGCAUGCAGAGCUUCCUAAAGCAGGAGACAGUGGCAUCACCUUAUUCUCCCCUUCCUUGCUUGCAAGAGAGAUCUCAUGCCUGCAGUCCUGGGAAAACCAAGGGGCUGAUCUGGGAAAGCUUGUCCCCUUCCUGUCUUGGGGGACUCCGGAGAGAGGGGUAAGUUUGAGCUGCAAGAAGAGACAUUUCCGCGCUGGAAAGUUGCCAGAGGCCUGGUUCUUUCAGACAAAGCUACUUUGGAGGUCCGAGAGCUCUCUUAGAACUGCUUUCAACUGUGCAAUAACCUAGAGAGGAGAUGGAUGCAAAAGACCAAAGAGGGGCAGGAGCAGGUAAAUGCCUUCCUACAGCUCAGGUUGAGACCCACAUGGAAGCAAGUGAAAGAACUGGGCAGGAGGGUCUGGAAGAAGACACAUUCGCUUCAACUGAACUGCACCAGCUUUUCAGGGAAUUCUGCUACAAGGAGGCCAAGGGCCCCCGUGACGUUUGCAGUCAACUCCACCAACUUUGCCAACAAUGGCUGAAGCCAGAACAGAACACGAAAGCUAAGAUGCUGGAUUUGGUGGUCCUGGGGCAGUUCCUGGCUGUCCUGCCCCCAGAGAUGGAGAGCUGGAUCAGGGAAUGCGGGGCAGAGACCUGUUCCCAGGCGGUGGCCUUGGCAGAAGGUUUCCUUCUGAGCCAGGUGGAAGACAAACCGAAGCAGGAAACACCUGUUGAAGUAGAUGGGGACCAUCCAAAGCCAAGGAGGAUUUCCUGGGAGGUUCGACCUCCAGAUAUCUUAUCAGAAGAAAAUACGCCACCAUUUGUACCUCUUGAAACGUCUCCUUUUGAAGGUGGAGCAGAGACAGCAGCUGUGCCCUCAGUUCAGCGUCCUGCCCUGAGUCUCAUGUCCUUGAAGGAAGUGGCCGUCAAUUUCACCGAGGAGGAGUGGGCUCUGCUGGAUUCCACCCAAAAAGCCUUGCACUGGGAAGUUAUGCUGGAGAAUUCCAGAAAUGUGAACACUCUGGCAGGAGAUGAAAAAGAAAUUGAGAACUGCCAAGAACCCGAUAUGGCGACAUCACCAGCAAUCCAUCUUGAACUGAGAAAAGAGAUAUUUGGGGUUCAAUGGAGGUCUCAAACACACCGGGAAAGCCACUCACAGCCUGGGGAGGAGAAAUCAUUAAGUUGUAGGUGUGCUGGAGUCCAGGAACUCUUCCUAACCAAAGAGAAUAGGGAAAGGACGAAAAAGGACAACCGCCUCAUAUGUAAAAAAAUACUCAAAGAUCAACAAAUCCACACUGGAGAAAAAACAGGUAAACACAGGAAACUUAGAAAAGACUUGGGAGAUCUUCCUUCCCAUAAAAGGUUCCACCCCAAGGGAAAAACAUACCCCUAUGUGGAGUGUGGAAAGAGCUUCAGUGAAAAGCGAUCCUUGACUGAUCAUAAAAAGAGCCACCCGGAGGAGAAACCGCAUAAAUGCUUGGAGUGCGAAAAGAGUUUCCACACCAACAGCCAACUUGCUUCUCACAAAAGGACCCACACCAGAAAAAACACAUACACCUGUAAGCUGUGUGGAAUGAGCUUCAGAAUGAGGAGUUUGCUUACUUUCCACGGCAGGAUUCACUCGGGGGAGAAACCGUAUAAAUGCAUGGAGUGUGGAAAGAGUUUCAGAUGGACCAGCGAUCUUACGUCUCAUAUUAGGAUUCACACAGGGGAGAAACCCUACAAAUGCCUGGAGUGUGGAAAGAGCUUCAGCAGGAGCAGUUCCCUUACCUACCACAAAAGGAUCCACACGGGGGAAAAGCCCUACAAAUGCCUGGAGUGCGGGAAGCGUUUCAGCGACUGCAGCGCUCUGUGUUCUCAUAAAAGGAGCCAUUCCUCGGAGAAACCCUAUAAAUGCACCGACUGUGGGAAGAGCUUCGGGAAGAACAGCUUUCUCACGUCGCAUAAAAGGCUCCACACGGGGGAGAAACCCUAUCAAUGUCCAGACUGUGGGAAAAGCUUCAGCCAGAGCAGCCAUCUUACUUCCCACAAAAGGCUCCACACGGGAGAGAAACCCUAUCAAUGCGCAGACUGUGGGAAGAGCUUCAGCCAGAACAGCCAUCUUACUUCCCACAAAAGGCUGCACACGGGAGAAAAACCCUACAAAUGCACCGUGUGUGAAAAGAGCUUCAGCAACAGCAGUUCCCUGACUUCACAUAAAAGGAGCCAUACGGGGGAGAAACCCUAUCGAUGCGCGGAGUGUGGGAAGAUCUUCAGCCAAAGCAGUCACCUCACUUCCCACAAAAGGCUUCACACAGGAGAGAAACCCUAUCAAUGUGCAGUAUGUGGGAAGAACUUCAGGUUGAGUAGUGAGCUUACGUCCCACAAAAGGAUCCACACAGGGGAGAAACCCUAUAAAUGCUGGGAAUGUGGGAAGAGUUUCAAACAGAGCAGCCAACUUACGUCUCAUAAAAGGACCCACACCAGGGGGGAAAAUGUAUAAAUAUAUUGAAUAUGGAAUAACUUUAGAACUGGGAUAUAUUGUUGGCCUCCCCAGGUCUGCUGUAUUGUGUAUAUUGUUGGUUCUCUUAUGUUUUCAAGCCUUUUUGAGCCACUUGAAAUUGCUGUUUGCAAAUUGUGUGGCUUUAUAAAUCAUUGAAACAACAACAAUACAGGUAGUCCUCAACUUACGACCACAAUUGGGGCCCAGAUAUCUGUUGCUAAAUGAGACAUUUGUUAAGUGAAUUUUGCACCAUUUACACUCUUGCCACAGUUGUCAAGGGAAUCAAUGCAGUUGUUAAGUUAGUAACACGCUUGUUAAGUGAAUCUGGCUUCUUCAUUGACUUUGCUUGUCAGGUCACAAAAGGUGAUCACAUGACCUUGGGAUAUUGCAACUGUCAUAAAUAUGAGCCAGUUGAUGAGUAUCUGAUUUUUUUCAGUGCCAUUGUAACUCUGAGCGGUCAUUAAACAAAUGGUUGCGAGUUGAGAGCUACCUGUAUUGCGAUGUGCUUUACUGUUGGUUCUCUUAUGUUUUCAGCUCCAUUUGAGCUACCUGGAAUUGCUGUUUACAAAUUGCGUGGCGCUAUAAAUCAUUUAACUAAUCGUAAUCAUACAUUUCAGAAUGUGGAUUUACAUCUUCCAGCCACUUUAAUUCCUAUAAAAAGAUUGAUCACAAGGAAGCUACAAACGAAAGGAAUGUACAAAGAGCUUCCUUAUUUCUAGUUUCCUUAUGUGGAGAAUCCCCACAAGAAAUAAAUUAUAGUUUUGCCAAAAAGAACCCAUUCUAUUUUCCAGAAAACAUUCUACAGGGGAGAAAAACUAUAAAAAUCCAUGUAGUUUAUGUAUUUGCUGAAAGCAAUCUUACUUCAAAUAUACAUCCACAUACAGAAAAACAGUCUAUAGUAGGGUGUCCCAAAGGUGAUUUUUCAAGAGGCAACUGGACUUUCUGGUUUUUCUUUGAAGACGUUUCGCUUCUCAUCCAAGAAGCUUCUUCAGCUGACAGGAUGCUGGAGAAUGGAAGGAUUUAUACUCCUUAAAGGUAAAAGGUAAAGGUUCCCCUCGCACAUAUGUGCUAGUUGUUCCCGACUCUAGGGGGCGGUGCUCAUCUCCGUUUCAAAGCCUACGAACCAGCGCUGUCUGAAGACAUCUCCAUGGUCAUGUGUCCGGCAUGACUAAACACCAAAGGCGCACGGAACACUGUUACCUUCCCACCAAAGGUGGUCCCUAUUUUUCUACUUGCAUUUUUUACAUGCUUUCGAACUGCUAGGUUGGCAGAAGUUGGGACAAGUAACAGGAGCUCACCCCGUUACGUGGCACUAGGGAUUCGAAUUGCUGAACUGCCGACCUUUCGAUCGACAAGCUCAGUGUCUUAGCCACUGAGCCACUGCAUCUCACACUUAUACUCCUUGCAGAUAGCUAUAGCAGGGGUCCCCAACUUCCAGGCCAAAACCUGGGCUGCGCAAAUUAGCAAAGCCCCAUCUGCCCACAUGCAGAAUGCAGGCAGUGCACGAAACCACACCACACCUGGUCUGCGGAAAAACCUCUCUCCACAGAACUGGUCCCUGGUACCCGAAAUGUUGAGGGCUGCUGGUCUAUAGAAUGUAGAAAUAAAAUAAUUAUUUUACUAUUUUUAGUCCUAAUCAAAGAACCCUUAUAGGAAAUAUCAUAUAGCAAUGUAGUUAGUAUCUGAAAAGAGGACGGACAUUUAUUUUUACUUCCUUUAAACCAGUGGUGGGAUGCUGCCAGUUUAACCACCGGUUCAGUGAGUGCGCGCUUUGGUGUGUGCCAGGGGUGAAAUCCAGCAGGUUCUGGAGAACCGGUAGCGGAAAUUUUGAGUAGUUCAGAGAACCAGUAGCGGAAAUUUUGAGGCUGGCCCCAGAGUGGGGUGGGAAUGGAGAUUUUGCAAUAUCCUUUCCCCAGGAGUGGAGAGGAAAUGAGGAUUUUACAGUAUCUUUCCCCUCGAGGGGGGUGGGAAUGGAGAUUUUGCAGUAUCCUUCCCCUGCAACGCCCACCAAGCCAUGCCCACCAAGCCACACCACACCCACCAAGCCACACCCACAGAACAGGUAGUAAAAAAAAUUGGAUUUCACCACUGGUGUGUGCUUAAGGCACUUGUGCGCAGCGCUGAAAAUGGAGCCUUUAGAAGCUCAGCUGCUUACCUUCCAAGUCAGCAACGGUAAGUAGAACAGCGAGGGGGGGGGGGAAAUCAGCUGUGCCACGCGAUUGAGAUGAAUUACAAAGCAGGAAAUAAAGGACAGGAUAGAGCGGGGGCCACUGGGCGGGGCCAACUGAUAGUUGGAGCUACCGUUUCACCCGGACCAGUCCGAACCGGCUGAAGACCACCUCAGCUUUAAACUAAAUAAAACAGAGAGUAGGUUUGUUCAAACAUCCCAAUCUUGGAGAUGGAACAUUUUGGAGAAUUUUGGAAUAUUUCUGUUUUUCUAGUUCAGCAGUUUUCAGGAAAUAAAGACAUCAGAAAACCUGCGGAGAGUAAUCAAAUCACUAUUUUUAGUGUAAAGGAAACUAUCUAUACCAAAAUCAUUUAGAACUAUGUUUUUCAAACUUGGCAAUUUUUAAGAUGUGUGAACUUCAACUCCCAGAAUUCCCCAGGUAGUAUUUGAAAAACACUAAUUUAAAUAGAUGAAUAGAUAAAGCAGCACUGGUAGAGAGGUUGCUGCACUGGAAAGAAACAAGGGAAGAAAUCAGAUAGAUUUGAAAAUAUAGUUGAUAGGAGGAAUAACUUUUAAAUUCCAGGAGAGCUUAUUGAAAAGCAAAAGGCUCAGAAAAAAAGCAACCUCUAUAAAUGUCCACGGUUUCUCUUUUAAUUGUAGACAACAUACUAUGUGUGUGUGUAUUCAUGUAUCAUAAAAAAUUUUCUAUGCUUCUCAACACUUUUACAUCAUUUAAAUUUUAUUUAUGACCUGGCUCUAUUCAAUCACUCUCUUAGAAUCCACUGGGAUAUUUUAGACUCAACUAAACCAGACUAAUAUAUCAGAGGGAAUUCAAAGUAAUUCUAAGUUGUAAUUACCUGUUUCAUGUUGGAAUUUGCCUUUCAUUUGCUGGAUCACUGCCAUGCAUUUAGUUCACCAUUUGAAAAGAGGAGAUUAAAACAUUUUGGAAUACAAGUAA